AUGACUUAUGUGGAAAAUAUGCAUCAAACAAAAAUGAAUAUGGGUACUAACAGUGGUGGCAAUUGUGAACAAAGUGACUCCUCAAGGGCAGAGAUCAAUGUACACAUGGAAACAGUGGGAUACCACAGAGACCUACCUCCGCCUUACACUGUGCAGGAUGUGCAGCCUCACACAGUGAUCAGGGAGACCAUAAUUAUACAACCUCCACUAAAAAAUGCUCCAAUGUUUUUCCCUUGCAGCAAAUGCUAUAAAAGAGUAUUGACUAGAGUGGAAUACGUAAAUACAAGGAAAACUCACAUGAUGGCUGGUUUUAUCUUCGGAUUUACAUGUUGGUGCUGUUUGUGUUGCUUUGCGGGUAUACCUUAUUUAAUACCAACAUUUAAAAGGGUCAAGCACUAUUGUCCUGAAUGCAACACAUACCUAGGUGAUUAUUCUAAGGUAUAAGGCGUAAACAUCCACCCAAAGGCUUUUCCUU